AUGGCUGUGGUGUUCUGGGUACUGGUUUUAGCUAGCCUCAGCCAUCCGCUAGCCACAAUCAAUGCCCAAGCACCAGAAGGUAACCCUUCCAAUUGGCAACCUGGAACCUCAAACACACCUUCUACAUGGCAAACUACAACCCCAAAUACACCUUCUACGUGGCCAACUACAACCCCAAGCACACCUUCUACAUGGCCAACCACAACCCCAAAUACCCCUUCUACAUGGCAAACUACAACCCCAAAUACCCCUUCUACAUGGCCAACUACAACCCCUAAUACACCUUCUACAUGGCCAACUACAACCCCAAACACCCCUUCUACAUGGCAAACUACAACUCCAAAUACACCUUCUACAUGGCCAACUACAACCCCAAAUACACCUUCUACAUGGCCAACUACAACCCCAAAUACACCUUCUACAUGGCCAACUACAACCCCUAAUACAUGGCCUACUACAACCCCAAAUACACCUUCUACAUGGCCAACUACAACCCCAAACACACCUUCUACAUGGCAAACCACAACCCCAAAUACCCCUUCUACAUGGCAAACCACAAACCCAAAUACCCCUUCUACCUGGCAAACGACAACCCCAAGCACACCUUCUACAUGGCAAACUACAACCCCAAAUACACCUUCUACAUGGCCAACUACAACCCCAAAUACACCUUCUACGUGGCCAACUACAACCCCAAAUACACCUUCUACAUGGCAAACUACAACCCCUAAUACACCUUCUACGUGGCCAACUACCACCCCAAAUACACCUUCUACAUGGCCAACUACAACCUCAAAUGCACCCUCUGCAUUGCCUUCUACAACACCAAGUGCACCUUCAACGUUGCCUACAACAACACCGAAUGCACCUUCUACAUUGCCAGCAACAAACCCAAAUGCACCUUCAGCAAUUCCAACCACAACUCCAAAUGCACCGUCUACAUUGCCAACAACAACUCCAACUGCACCAUCAGUAGCCAAACAACCACCUGCUGUGGCUGCAACUCCUACCACUUCACAGAAACCACCAGCAGCAACUUCUCCAACUGCAACUAUCAAGCCAACACCAGCAACCACAUCUGCGCCCUCCAAAUUGCCAACUGCCGCUUCCCCCACUUCUGUCACGAAACCACCCAUUGUCAUUGCAACCCCUCUUCCCUCAAUAAAACCACCAGUCGCAACUUCUCCCACUUCUAGUAAAUCACCAGUUCCCAAAGUUGCAUCUCCUACAUCAUCCGCACCUGCGAAAUCCCCAAUUCCUAAGGUUUCAUCUCCAACAUCAUCCGCACCGGUGAAAUCACCAGUUCCCAAGGUCUCAUCUCCAACAUCAUCUGCACCUGUGAAAUCACCGGUUCCUAAGGUUUCAUCUCCAACAUCAUCUCCUGGGAAAUCUCCAGUCCCCAAGGCUAUAUCCCCAGCAUCAUCUGCUCCUGUGAAAUUACCAGUUCCAAAACCUACAUCUCCAUUAUCUGCUCCUGUGAAAUCACCAAUUCCAAAAGACACUUCUCCAACAUCUGCUCCUGCUAAAUUACCUGAUCCCAAGCCUUUACCACCAUCAUCUGCUCCAGUUAAAUUACCAGUCCCCAAGGAUUUACCACCAACCGCCACUCCCGUGAAACCACCCGCUCCCAAAACAGCACCUCCAAAAAUAGCACCUGUAAAACCACCUGUUCCCAAGAUUACACCAGCAUUAAGUCCAAAAUCCCCAUCUCCUAAACUCCCACCACCACAACCACCCAAAGAAGCACCUAUUUCACCUCCACCACUGCCAUUACCACCAGCUGACUCACCACUAUUACCUACUCCAACAGCAUCCCCCACACCAGCCGAAGCACCAACAGCGCCAGCACCAGCCAAAAAAGCACCAGCACCGGCACCUGCACACAAAAGGAAAGCACCAAAACCAUCACCUGUUCCUUCACCACUAAGUAGCACCCCAACACCUGCACCAACGCCUUCGAUUGAAACACCAACCCCAGCACCAGCACCCGAAGAAGACACGCCAGAACCUCCUCCCCACAAGCACAAAAGAAGAAGACACAAACACAAGCACAGGAGACAUCACUCGCAAUCUCUGGCUCCAGCACCAGCCAUUAUUCGGAGGAGUCCCCCAGCACCACUAGUUGAAGAUAUUACCACAACCGACUCAGAAGAGACGCCUGCUCCAGCACCAAGUCCCAAUGCGAAUGGUGCGCAAGCAUACUAUAAGCAAGGGAAUACGUGGCAGAGUGUUGGAGUCGCCAUUGCCAUUUUGUUAUUAUCUGUCAUCACAUGACACUUUUAAAGUCCUAUGAAGAACAUGAUUCACUCUAAGCGGUGGUGUGGUUUGCAGAACAUAUAUUAUUUUUUACUUUUUUUUCUGUGUUGUGAUCUUUGCCGAAUAAUAUUAAUGGUACGAGUUUUUGAAUUGUUAAAACCAGGCACUGCUAAGCAGAAUGCAGAAGUGUUAUAUAUUUCCCAUUUAAUUUGAUGAAUUUCU